AUUUACUCGCCAUCAUUCAGGAGCGCUCUUCUUUUGCUGCUCAUUUUUACCUCUCGCAUCUCCGCGGUCUGUUGGAAUUCCCAGCAAGAUCAUUCACAGAAUUUAAAGACAACAUUAGAAAACAAAUAUAUAUAUAUUAUAUAUUCAAUUAUGUUCGCGCGCACGUAGAGGUCCUCAUCUUCAGUCAUUUUUCGCACAGCCCUGUCAGGGCUCUGGAAGAAGACAGAAGAUCUCGCGCUCUCUCUCUCUCCUUUUCCUCUUUGUUUUUCUCUUCUUGGAGGUAAAUGUGCAUGCUGAAUGGCCGGAGCACAGCCCGGGGUUCACGCGCUACAGCUCAAGCCGGUGUGCGUACCGGAGAGUCUGAAGAAAGGCAGCAGGUUUAUGAAAUGGGACGAGGAUUCGUCUACAGUGACCCCAGUGACCUUACGUGUGGAUCCACAAGGCUAUUUUCUGUACUGGACUGAUCAGAAUAAGGAAACCGACCUGUUGGACGUCACCUACAUCAAAGAUGCAAGAACUGGGAAAUGUACUAAAACACCAAAGGAAGCCAAGCUGCGAGAGUUACUUGAUGUUGGGAACCUGGUGGGGAGGAUAGAAAACAAGAUGCUGACAGUGGUCACAGGGCCAGACAUGGUCAACAUUACAUAUCUAAACUUCAUGGCUUUCCAAGAGGAAGUGGCAAAGGAGUGGGCAGAAGAGCUGUUUAGUCUGGCGUCCAACCUGCUGGCUCAGAACAUGAAUCGAGAGUCCAGUCUGGAGAAAGCAUACACAAGGCUUAAGCUGCAGCCGAACCAAGAAGGACGUAUUCCUGUGAAGAACAUAUUUCGCAUGUUUUCGACUGACAGGAAGCGUGUAGAAACGGCACUAGAGAGCUGUAAUCUUCCAUCAGGCAGGAACGAUUCCAUUCCUCUGGAGGACCUAACUCCCGAGAUUUACAAAUCGUUCAUUGGCCAUCUUUGUCCCCGUCCUGAAAUCAACCAAAUCUUUGCAGAUCUAGGAGCUAAAGGCAAGAAUUAUCUAACCAUGGAGCAGAUGACCGAGUUCAUUAACAAUAAGCAGCGGGAUCCUCGUCUGAAUGAAAUCCUAUACCCUCCACUGAAGACAGAACAAACACAGCUCCUCAUGGAGAAAUUCGAGCCCAGCCCAGGCAUGAUACAAAAAGGGCAGAUUUCAGUUGAGGGAUUCUCCAGGUAUUUGAUUAGCGAUGAGAAUGGUGUAAUACCACCCGAGAAACUGGACCAGAGUGAAGACAUGACCUUCCCUCUUUCACACUACUUCAUCAACUCCUCUCAUAACACCUAUCUCACAGCGGGGCAGCUAGCGGGAAACUCUUCAGUGGAGAUGUAUAGGCAGGUGCUGCUGUCUGGCUGUCGCUGUGUGGAACUAGACUGCUGGAAAGGCAGGACAGCUGAAGAGGAGCCUGUUAUCACCCAUGGCUUCACCAUGACCUCUGAGAUCUCCUUUAAGGAAGUAAUUGAGGCCAUUGCUGAAUGUGCUUUUAAAACGUCUCCUUUUCCCAUCAUCCUGUCCUUUGAGAAUCAUGUGGACUCUCCAAAACAACAAGCCAAGAUGGCAGAAUACUGCAGAUCGAUUUUUGGAGAUGCCGUUUUAACUGAGCCACUUGAGAAAUAUCCACUUGAGUCGGGGGUUCCACUGCCCAGUCCACAGGAACUCAUGGGAAAGAUCCUCAUCAAGAACAAGAAGUCACACCCCAAACCACCUGAUGGGAGCACAAAGAAGAAGUUGUCAGAGCAAGCAUCGAACACCAACAGUGACUCCUCGAGUGUGUUUGAGCCGUCCUCACCCAGCGCUGGGCCUGCAGCUUCAGCAGAGGUGGAGGCAGAUGAUGAUGAAGAUGAAGAUGAUGACGAUGAUGACUGUAAGAAGUCAAUGGAUGAGGGCACAGCUGGAUCUGAGGCUUUCGCCACUGAAGAAAUGUCCACUCUGGUUAAUUACAUCCAACCCACUAAGUUCCACUCUUUCGAGACUUCAAAAAAGGUCAACCGCAGUUAUCAAAUGUCAUCGUUUGUGGAGACAAAGGCCCUGGAGCAGCUCACCAAGACUCCUGUGGAGUUUGUGGAAUACAACAAGCUUCAGCUCAGUAGAAUCUACCCCAAGGGCACCCGAGUCGACUCCUCCAACUACAUGCCUCAAGUGUUCUGGAAUGCAGGCUGCCAGCUGGUGGCACUAAACUUUCAGACAAUAGAUCUGUCCAUGCAGCUGAACUUGGGCAUGUUUGAGUAUAAUGGAAAGAGUGGCUACAGGCUUAAGCCUGAGUUCAUGAGACGACCAGAUAAGCACUUUGACCCCUUCACAGAAAGCACUGUGGAUGGCAUUGUAGCCAAUACUUUAUCAAUAAAGAUCAUAUCAGGACAGUUCCUUACUGACAAAAAAGUGGGGGUGUAUGUGGAGAUUGACAUGUUUGGCCUCCCAGUUGACACGAGAAGGAAGGCAUUCAAAACAAAGACGUCCCAGAACAAUGCCGUGAACCCUGUGUGGGAUGAAGAGCCGAUCGUCUUUAAAAAGGUGGUUCUUCCUACUCUUGCCUCAAUAAGAAUAGCUGUAUUUGAGGAGGGCGGAAAGUUCAUAGGUCAUCGGUUAAUACCUGUAUCAGCCAUUCGACCAGGUUACCGGUAUAUUGGGAUCAGGAAUGAGAAAAAUCAGUCGCUCACUCUUCCUGCUAUAUUCGUGUAUAUUGAAGUGAAAGAUUAUGUGCCAGACACCUUUGCAGAUGUCAUAGAGGCCCUGUCUAACCCCAUUAGAUAUGUCAACUUAAUGGAGCAGAGAUCCAAGCAGCUGGCUGCUCUGACAUUAGAAGAAGGGGAGGAGGAGAAAGAUGCCAAAGAGACUGAGUCAGGUGUUGAGCAGGCGUCAGAGGCAAAGAGUGAGCCCAAACCUGCACCUGUGGAGAACGGUCUGAGUCACACUCUGAGUGCGACGCCGAAACCAGCGUCACAGCUCAAUACACAACCGCAGUCUACUGGGUCAGCUAAAUCUGCAGCAAAGACUGAAGAUCUUAUACACAGUGUCCUCACUGAAAUGGAGGCUCAGACAUUAGAGGAGCUAAAGCAACAGAAAGUGUUUGUCAGGGAGCAGAGAAGACAUUAUAAAGAAAUGAAGGAGCUUGUGAAGAAACAUCACAAAAAAACCACGGAACUGAUCAAGGAGCAUACAGCCAAAUACAACGAAUUCCAGCAUGACUACCUCCGCAGAAGAGCUGUGCUGCAGAAGUCUGCAAAACGCGAUGGUAAGAAGAGGUGUCUGUCCUCCAGUCCGGAGCAUGGUGCCUCGUUUUUUGAGCAGGAGCUGGCAACUCUGGAUCAGGAGAGUGGACAGAAACUGGCUGAGCUCAAAGAACAGCAGCAGCAGCAGCUCCUGAACCUGCGUCAGGAACAGUAUUACAGUGAGAAGUACUUGAAAAAAGAACACAUCAAGCAGCUAAUGGAGAAACUAACCCUGCUAGCUGAGGAGAGUCAAAGCAGCCAAAUGAAGAAACUGAAAGAUCUGUGCGAAAAAGAAAAGAAAGAACUGAAAAAACGAAUGGAUAAGAAAAGACAGGAGAAGCUGAAUGAAGCCAAAUCGAAAGAGAAACACUUGACAGAGGAGGAAAAGCUGGAGAUCAACAGAUCAUAUGUUAAUGAAGUGGUACAACACAUUAAAAGGCUGGAAGACGCUCAGACCAAAAGACAUGAAAAGCUUGCAGAGAACCAUAAGAACAUUCUGCAACAGAUUGUUGAAGAAAAGCCCAAGCUUCAGAACGAACUGGAUCAGGAGUAUCAGGACAAGUUUCGUCGGCUGCCAGUGGAGAUUCAGGAGUUUGUGCAGGAGACCACUAAGCGAAAGACUGACGGGAACGAUCAGGAGUCCCUGCCUUCUUCCAGCACGCUGGAGAAACUCAGCCAUAAGGGAGCACAGUCUGAGGAUGACAUGGAGGAUGAGAGGAAAGACUAAUGAAAUGAAGCAUUAGGAAUUUCACAAUGCUACAGCCACUCUUCCUAAUUCAUUUUGCCAUUGGUAUUUUAUUUAUUUAUUUAUUUUAUUUGAGAUUUGAGGUCAUAGUCACUAAUGCGUUUUGGAGAAUGUCUGUGGGUGGAGGGCAAAAGGAUAACAGGCAAGAAAUCACUUAAAGCACUUGAACCACAUGAACCUAUUAUUUAUCAUGUGCACAAUUUACUAAAGUCAUAUUACAUAUGGGUAAUAAUCACAUUUUCGGGUCAAAUUCAUUUGACAUGAUACUCACUUUUUUUGCAGUUAAUAUGGUGUGUUCCUAUCCUAAUCACACUUUUAUGGCCAGUAUGUAAGCAGUUUUAAAGAAGCAGUAUGUGUGUGUGGACAUAAAGGGCAGGUACCACAGACAUUACUGUAGCUCUAAUUUCUCUUUCAGACGUUUUGAAGUGGUCACUAUACUGUACCUGCAGUUUAUUUAGAACAGUUGUAUUUGCAAGCACAGGCGGCUUGCGUAUGUAAAUUCAUCAUUUUGUUCAGUUUGCUGCUGAUUUGUUUGUUUUUCAUUUCGUUUAGACUGAUUCAGUACAGCAGUUUGUGCUGAACAGGUUCGCUACGGGACAGUAAGAGUUUUUCAGAAAUGCAUGAAUAGGGUGCAUUGAUCAGUUUGUGCAAUUUGUAAGCGCAUCUCUGUAGCUUGUUAUGCGAAGUCAUGAGUAAAGACAUGCUUGUGUUUCUUUCUUUCUUUCUUUCUUUCUUUCUUUCUUCCUUCCUUUUUUUAUAUAGUACCUAGAACGAAAAAUGUCUUUAUCAGCAAAUAGAUUUAACAAUGUUAUUUACAAUGAUUUUUCAUUCGUUUUAUUAAGAGCAAUUAUUUUGCAUUCCUUUUCUAUUUCCUUAUAACACGCUUAAAAUAUUAUAGCUUAUUUUGAUGGUUAUAUACAUAUUAAACUAGAAUAACAUAUUUACUGAAGUAACGCCGGAAAGAAGUUGAUAUCUUAUAAUGCAGAAGGGAUGGAAGUAAUAUCAGAAAUAUGGAAAUGCACUUUGGAUUUCAUGAGGUAUUGGUAUUAUUAUGCAAUCUUUUUACUUGAGUGAGAUUCUUCUUUCAGUGUGUUUCCAUUUCAAUGGUUCAGCGUAGGAUUUGAAGCAUGGGGUCAGUGAUGCCAAGUGAAGUAUCGUGAUGAUUCUUUUCCUAGAAUAUGCUUCCCCAUACUUCCCCUGGUGGUUUCUCAGUGUUAAGCUCUGAUUAAAGCACGUCUGUCACUUUCACUCAUUAUAUAUAUAUAUAUAAAUAUAGGUUUUGUAACAUAUAGGCUAGAUCUAGGUUUUAUUAAUGUAACUGUUCAUGUUAAUUAUAUUCAUGCUUUGUAUUUAUUGCAAUAUAUGAUUGCUAUGGACGACUAAAAUAAAGUGCCAAACAACUGCCCAUUACUGACAGGUCCAAUAUGAUCUCUCGAAACAUGAAACUGAAUAGAAUUUCAUCCAAUUGAUCUCUUGACUGAUGCCUAUUCAUAAUGUAUAGGAUGGUCUAGUUUCAUUUCAUUAGAUGCUACGCAAUAUAUUAAAGCCAUGGCGAAAUCCAUGAUAGUAUUGCGGCAUCUAUGAAUGCUAACAAAGGAGUAUUAAAAUGAGAUUUUCACACUAACUAGCUGUAAAUGAUAUUCUGUGUGAUUACACAUAAGAGCCAUUUUACUGAAUUGCAUUGUAAAUUUUUUUUUUUUUUUACAAGAUGACUCUGUGCUGUUGUUUUCUUUUGACCAAACUCUUUUUUGCAAUGUAAAAUUACUUGAAAUACUUUUAUGACCGGACUCAUUUUUUGAUCGUUUUGAAGUGACGUUCUGUGCCUUUGGAUGUUCUCUGUGUUAGAUGUGGAAUGUAAAAAAAAAAAAAAAAAAAAUGUGUUGAUGUAUAGAGCUCUUCUUUUUGUAUAAACUGUGCACGCACUUUUAAACUGUUUAUACUAAAGAUUUCCUUUGGAAUUGUUUAAACGUCAUACUCUUGACAGUGUAUGCUAUUGAGUGCCACUUUAUUUAUUUCAAACAUUCAUUCCAUUCGUUCCAUUAUUUCCACAACAAAACUGACAUUAGAGAUUAGGAUCAAGAAAUAUCUACAAUCAUUUGAAUUCAUCAAACUGUAUUAUUGGUACUACAGUAUCUGCAUCUUUAAAAGAUGGGUAAUGUUGAAUGUAAGUUGUGCUUGUGCUGUGCAAUGGUUUUAAUAAAACAUUUUUGUGAAAUGUGGAA